CGACACUGUAACUACUAUAGUGAAUAUAUUUAAUCAACAUCGUAAGGGACAACAUGAGUCAGGAAUGUGUCGUAAAGUUGCAAACUGCAACGAGAGAAAAACUCAGGAAAUUUGACUCUCUGCGAGCUCGAGAGGUGCAGCCCGGUGAGUUUUGGGACGUGCUGGUUGUGACCGCUGCGGAUGUGAGUCAGCAAGAAGCGUACGAGCUGCAGAUCAGAGAGAAAGUUGAGAGAAAGGAGCUGCCCCUCGGAGUUCACUACAAGGUCAUCUCAGAUCCACCCGGAGUUAAAAUAGGGAAUGGGGGCUCCACUCUGUGCGCUCUGCAGCAGCUGGAUGAGAUCUUUGGGAAGAAUCUGAGCAGCCUGAGAGUCAUCCUCAUCCAUGCAGAUGAGUGGAAGAAGAAGGUGGGCGAGUCGUACUCUGUGAUCAUAGAGAAGCUGGAGGACGACUUCCAGCUCAAAGAAAGUGAGAUCUCGGACCUCAAACUCGCUUUCAGCUCUGAUGAAGCUUUUCAGAAGGUGAACUUGAGCUACCGAACGGAGAAGGGGCUGUCGCUGCUGCAUCUCUGCUGCGUGUGUGGAGGUAACAAAGAUCAUAUCCGCACCUUAAUGGUCAAAGGCCUGCGCCCCUCCAGACUGUCCAGGAAUGGAUUCACUGCACUCCACCUGGCUGCUUACAAGGAUAAUGCUGAGCUGUUGACUGCACUCCUCCACGGAGGUUCGGAUGUGCAGCAGGUGGGCUACGGCGCUCUCACUGCUCUGCAUGUGGCCACAUUAGCUGGGCACCAUGAGGCAGCAGAUAUUCUCCUGCAGCAUGGAGCUAAUGUGAAUGUUCAAGACGCCGUGUUUUUCACCCCUCUGCAUAUCGCUUCCUAUAACAACUACGAGCAGGUUGCAAAGCUGCUGCUAAAGUUUGGGGCAGAUGUGAAUGCGAGUGGUGAGGUGGGUGACCGGCCGCUGCACCUGGCUGCAGCCAAGGGUUUCCUCUCCACCAUCAAACUGCUGAUGGGGGAAGGGAGCAAAGCUAAUGUAAACGCUCAGGACAAUGAAGAUCACGUUCCUCUCCACUUCUGCGCUCGCUUCGGUCACCAUGAGAUUGUGCGUUUUCUUCUGCAGGGCAACUUUGACGUGCAACCUCACUCUGUCAACAUCUACGGGGACACACCAUUGCACUUGGCCUGCUAUAAUGGAAAAUUUGAGGUGGCGAAGGUGAUCAUACAACUUUCUGGCACCGACAGUUUGUCAAAGGAGAACAUUUUCAGCGAGACGGCACUUCACAGUGCAUGCACCUAUGGAAAAGACCUGGAGAUGGUCAAGUUCUUGCUGAGCCAGAAUGCGAUGAGCAUCAACAAUCAGGGCAGAGACGGACACACAGGUGACUGCGCCUGUUUUCACGGCCACAUCCGCCUGGUGCAGUUCUUGCUGGACAGCGGGGCCGACAUGAACCUGGUUGCCUGUGACCCGAGCAGGUCCAGUGGGGAGAAGGACGAGCAGACCUGCCUGAUGUGGGCUUACGAGAAAGGUCAUGACGCCAUUGUCACCUUACUGAAACACUACAAACGUCCAGAUGACUCCCCCUGCAAUGAGUACUCCCAGCCGGGAGGGGAUGGGUCCUACGUUUCUGUCCCGUCUCCUCUGGGAAAGAUCAAAAGCAUGACUAAAGAGAAGGCAGAAGUUCUCCUGCUCCGAGCAAGCCUCCCAUCUCAUUUCCAUCUUCAGCUGUCUGAGCUGGAGUUCAAUGAAAUCAUUGGAUCAGGCUCAUUUGGAAGAGUCUACAAAGGCAAAUGCAGGAACAAAAUUGUAGCCAUAAAACGCUAUCGAGCCAACACGUACUGCUCUAAGUCGGAUGUGGACAUGUUCUGCAGAGAGGUCUCCAUCCUGUGUCGCCUCAACCACCCCUGUAUCAUCCAGUUUAUGGGGGCGUGUCUGGAUGACCCCAGCCAGUUUGCCAUCGUAACCCAGUAUGUUUCUGGAGGCUCUCUGUUCUCGCUGCUGCACGAGCAGAAGAGGCUCAUCGACCUGCAGUCCAAGCUCAUCAUCGCCAUCGACGUUGCCAAGGGCAUGGAGUACCUGCACAACCUCACCCAGCCGAUCAUCCACAGGGACCUCAACAGCCACAACAUUCUGCUGUAUGAGGACGGACACGCGGUGGUUGCUGAUUUUGGGGAAUCUAGAUUUCUACAGACUGUGGAAGAGGAUAACAUGACCAAGCAGCCAGGGAACCUGCGUUGGAUGGCUCCCGAGGUGUUCACCCAGUGCACUCGCUACUCUGUGAAGGCAGACAUGUUCAGCUACGCCCUCUGUCUGUGGGAGCUGCUUACUGGAGAAAUUCCCUUUGCUCAUUUGAAACCUGCUGCUGCAGCAGCAGACAUGGCCUACCAUCACAUCCGGCCACCUGUCGGCUACUCCAUCCCCAAACCCAUCUCUGCUCUUCUGAUGAGAGGCUGGAACGCCUGCCCAGAGGACAGGCCCGAGUUUUCUGAAGUGGUUUCAAACCUGGAGGAAUGCUUGUGUAAUGUUGAGCUGAUGUCUCCAGCCUCCAGUAACAGCAGCGGCUCCCUGUCGCCCUCCUCCUCCUCUGACUGUCUGCUCGGGCGCGGAGGCCCCGGCCGGAGCCACGUGGCCGCCCUGCGCUCCCGUUUCGAGCUGGAGUACGCUCUCAACACUCGAGCCUACGCCUUCUGGACUCAGAGUGAACGGCGUCGGGCAUCUGGAGGCCUUUCACUGGAGGAACUCAGGAGGAACAUGCAGUUUUCUCCGAUUGAUCGAAACGGGUACGUGUCUGAUCCCAUGAGCACCAUGAGAUUUCACUCUUCCUACAGCAGCAGUGGCAGCUUCGAGGACAGCAACUAAACACCCUGUAAUUAUUAUCAUAUCAAUUUAGACAUUCAUGCAUGAUUUUGACUGUGCAGUUUCAUUUGAACUGUAUAAAUAGAUGUUAGAGGUAGUAGCCAUUGCCAACACAUUUGCAAACUAAUGUGUCUUUUGUUGCAGCAUUAUGUAUUUGGAUGAGCUGUUUAUGAAUUUACAUACAUUAUACAAUCUUUUUUUAUAUUUCUUGAGGCUUGUUGUUCUUGUAAAUACUGUAUGUGUGACAAAAUUUGUUUUUGUGUACGUGGUUUGCAGAAAUCUGAAAUCAAAGUUCCUCGUCAAUG